GAAAUCUAGGACAGCUUUUGCCGGCAGCCGGCAGUGAGCGGGGCCCUUUGGAAAUAGAAUAGCCAAUGUAAUUUGACACUUCAACUUGCUCUGCUUCAGGCUAGUUGAUUCACUUACUCACCCACUAACGCCGAGUUCCUUUUCACUGUCUGUGGACAUUAAAAAAAGGGGGGGGGGGGAGCGAGAGCGAGAGAGCAAAGGAGAGAGAGCGAGCGAGCAGAGAAAUAAAGCUCGGAUCCAGUCGUAAUUCUGAUUUCUCUCCCCCCUUUUUUUUUCUCCCGCUCUCCCUCCCCCUCUCCACCACCAACCGCCCUCCCCCUCCCCAAAAUCCAUUGGGGGAGAAAAGGAAAGGAGAAAAAGAGAGCGAGAGAGAGCGAGAGAAAAGGAUUCUGCCCGUGUGUCCUUCCUCCUUUCCUGAUUUCUCUUGCUGCUGCCGCUGCCACCGCUGCUGGUGCUGCCACUGCCGCUGCCGCGCCGCCGCCGCCGCUGCUGCUGCCGCUGCCCGCCGCUGCUGCUGCUGUGUGCGGCCCCGGCUCCUCGCUAAGCGGUGGGAAAUCCGAAGUUUGGGGACAUACAAUCCAUCGGAACGGCCCCAUUUCUCCAGUACUUCCUACGCCUGUUUCCGUUUCUCUCCUGACAGAGAAGCUCUAGGAACAUAUUAAUUGGCGGCGGCCUUGGACAGAGAAGGAGGAGACUCAUUCGCAGGGUGAGAUCGGCCGCUUGCCAAUGGUGUCUGGAGAGUGACUCAGAAGAGAGGGAGCCCGUUUAUAAACACCAAGACAUUGGGAAGGAUGAUGGAGCUCCUGUGAAUGAACCAGGACUGGAACUGCUGAUUGGCUGAGGCGGGGAUACCGGCGAUUUGGCGAUCACUGAGACUGGGGAUCUUGAAUGGCUUCCAGGUAGAAGGCAAGAGGAGACAAUCAGAAUGAAUUCUAUGGACCGGCACAUACAGCAGACCAAUGACCGGCUGCAGUGCAUAAAGCAGCAUUUACAGAAUCCUGCCAACUUCCACAAUGCCGCUACAGAGCUCCUGGACUGGUGUGGUGACCCAAGAGCUUUCCAGAGGCCCUUCGAGCAGAGCCUGAUGGGAUGUUUGACGGUGGUUAGUCGAGUAGCAGCCCAACAAGGAUUUGACCUGGAUCUUGGCUAUAGACUGCUGGCCGUAUGUGCAGCAAACCGAGACAAAUUCACUCCAAAAUCAGCUGCUCUGCUCUCAUCCUGGUGUGAAGAGUUGGGCCGGCUGCUCCUCCUCCGUCACCAGAAAAGCCGGCAGAGUGAUCCUCCUGGGAAGCUCCCCAUGCAGCCCCCCCUUAACUCCAUGAGCUCCAUGAAACCCACGCUGUCACACAGUGAUGGGUCGUUCCCCUAUGACUCUGUUCCUUGGCAGCAGAACACCAACCAGCCACCAGGAUCCCUUUCCGUGGUCACUACUGUUUGGGGAGUGACUAACACAUCCCAGAGCCAGGUCCUAGGAAACCCCAUGGCCAAUGCCAACAAUCCUAUGAAUCCUGGCGGAAACCCCAUGGCAUCUGGAAUGACGACCAGCAACCCUGGCAUCAACUCCCCCCAGUUUGCUGGACAGCAGCAGCAGUUCUCAGCCAAGGCGGGCUCCACUCAGCCCUACAUCCAACAGGGGAUGUAUGGGCGGCCCAACUACGCGGGCAGUGGAGGGUUCGGGGGCAGUUACCCUGGUGGCCCCAAUGCCCCUGCAGGCAUGGGGAUCCCUCCUCACACCCGGCCACCCGCAGACUUUACUCAGCCAGCAGCAGCAGCGGCAGCAGCUGCAGUGGCGGCUGCAGCAGCUACGGCCACGGCCACAGCCACCGCCACAGUAGCAGCCCUCCAAGAGACCCAAAACAAGGACAUGAACCAGUAUGGACCGGUCUGUUCCUCUUUCCAGAUGGGUCCGACUCAGGCGUACAACAGCCAGUUCAUGAACCAGCCCGGGCCCCGAGGGCCUGCUUCCAUGGGUGGGAGCAUGAAUCCCACUAACAUGCCUGCUGGCAUUACACCUACCAAUAUGAGUGGCCCCCCGAUGGGCAUGAACCAGCCCCGGCCUCCUGGGAUCAGCCCCUUCAGCACGCAUGGACAGAGAAUGCCACAGCAGGCCUAUCCAGGUCCCCGACCCCAGUCUCUUCCCAUCCAGAGCAUUAAGAGACCGUACCCAGGAGAACCCAACUACGGAAACCAGCAAUACGGACCAAAUAGCCAAUUCCCAACCCAACCUGGUCAGUACCCGACCCCCAACCCUCCAAGACCUAUCACGUCUCCCAACUAUCCUGGGCAGCGGAUGCCAAGCCAGCAGAGCACAGGGCAGUACCCACCCCCAACAGUCAAUAUGGGGCAGUAUUAUAAGCCAGAUCAGUUUAAUGGACAGAAUAACACCUUCUCGGGAGGCAGCUACAGUAACUAUAGCCAAGGAAAUGUCAAUAGGCCUUCCAGGCCAGUACCUGUGGCAAAUUACCCUCACUCACCUGUUCCAGGAAACCCAACCCCACCUAUGACUCCAGGGAGCAGUAUCCCUCCAUACCUGUCUCCCAGCCAGGAUGUCAAACCACCGUUCCCUCCUGACAUUAAGCCAAAUAUCAGUGCUUUGCCCCCACCUCCAAGCAACCACAACGAUGAGCUCCGAUUGACUUUCCCAGUGCGGGAUGGAGUGGUGUUGGAGCCCUUCCGUUUGGAGCACAACCUGGCCGUCAGCAACCAUGUCUUUCACCUGAGACCCACCGUGCACCAGACGCUGAUGUGGAGGUCAGACCUGGAGCUGCAGUUUAAGUGCUAUCAUCAUGAGGACAGACAAAUGAACACCAACUGGCCGGCUUCUGUCCAGGUCAGCGUCAAUGCCACCCCUCUCACCAUCGAGCGUGGAGAUAACAAGACCUCCCACAAACCUCUGCACCUCAAGCACGUGUGCCAGCCAGGAAGAAACACCAUCCAGAUUACUGUCACAGCAUGUUGUUGUUCCCAUCUGUUCGUGUUGCAGUUAGUCCACCGGCCCUCCGUCCGCUCUGUCCUGCAGGGCUUGCUCAAGAAACGCCUCCUGCCUGCAGAACACUGCAUCACAAAGAUUAAGCGGAAUUUCAGCAGUGUGGCCGCCUCUUCAGGCAAUGCCACCCUCAAUGGAGAAGAUGGUGUGGAACAGACAGCAAUCAAAGUGUCUCUGAAGUGUCCGAUUACAUUCCGGCGGAUUCAGCUCCCAGCGAGAGGCCAUGAUUGCAAGCAUGUCCAGUGUUUCGAUUUGGAAUCAUACCUGCAACUGAACUGUGAGAGGGGGACCUGGAGGUGUCCAGUGUGCAAUAAAACUGCUCUGCUUGAAGGCCUGGAGGUCGACCAGUACAUGUGGGGAAUCCUGAAUGCCAUCCAGAACUCUGAGUUUGAAGAGGUUACCAUCGACCCCACAUGUAGCUGGAGGCCAGUUCCCAUCAAAUCCGAUAUCCACAUCAAGGAUGACCCGGAUGGCAUCCCCUCCAAAAGGUUUAAGACUAUGAGCCCCAGCCAGAUGAUCAUGCCCAAUGUCAUGGAGAUGAUUGCAGCUCUGGGCCCUGGCCCAUCCCCCUAUCCGCUUCCUCCCCCACCUGGGGGCACCAACUCCAAUGAAUAUAACAGCCAAGGCAACAACUACCAAGGCCACGGUAACUUUGACUUCCCCCAUGGGAACCCCGGAGGGACGUCCAUGAAUGACUUCAUGCACGGGCCCCCUCAGCUCUCCCACCCCCCGGACAUGCCCAGCAACAUGGCUGCCCUGGAGAAACCCCUCAGUCACCCCAUGCAAGAAACUAUCCCACAUCCUGGCAGUUCUGAUCAGUCCCAUACUUCCAUACAACAAGGUUUGCACGUACCACACCCCAGCAACCAGUCAGGGCCACCAUUACAUCACAGUGGGGCAGCUCCUCCUCCUCCUCCUCCACCUCCUCCUCCUCCUCCUUCCCAGCCGCCCAGGCAACCACCUCAGGCUGCUCCCAGCAACCAUCCACACAGCGACCUGACCUUUAACCCCUCCACAGCCUUAGAGGGUCAGGCCGGAGCACAGGGAGCGUCCGACAUGCCGGAACCUUCGCUGGAUCUUCUUCCAGAACUCACGAAUCCAGAUGAGUUGCUCUCGUACCUGGACCCUCCUGACCUGCCGAGCAAUAGCAACGAUGACCUUCUCUCACUUUUUGAGAACAACUGAAGCCCUCGGCUUUUAAUCAGUCCCUUUUCCCUUCCCAACACGUACACACAUGCACACGCAUGCAAACACAUACACACAUACACACAUACAUACACACACAUAUUUCUCCACCCCAGAACUUCUCAUUUGGAGGUGGGGUGAGGUCUCUUCCUACUAUCACCUUCUCAGAACCAUUGGCACUCAGUGGAGAGACUGCAGAAGAAGUGGUACCUAGACCACAGGGUUUGGGGGGCCCUUAGAGCGCCCACCUACUCCUGGCCCUGGCACGACAAAGCCUAAAGCCCAGGGCAGCUGCAUUUCUGCCCAUGUCCAACACAAUCCUAUAAGAAGAGCCUUGUGAUGGAGAAAACCAUCCCAGCACAUCUCUAGCUCAGCAAGGAUAAGAAAGUGGCUCUCUCUCCCCCCAGUCCCACCAAUUCCUCCCAUGCUGACCCAGUGUCAGAAAACAACCUUCUAACCCAGGGGUCUUCCAUUUUUGAAACUGAGAAAUCUCCCCAUCCACCAAUUUCCCAGACUGGACAUCUUCUGAGCAGUCACAGAACCAGAAAUAUGGAGAGAGAUGGAUGGAACAGGCACGGUAUCCUGGGGAGGGGUAGCCUAUAUGGGAGUGUCCUAUGGGUGCUGGCCGGAGCUGCCGAAGUCACCACCACCGGAAAAGCACAAACCGUCCAAGAAAGAACCUCACCAGGCCAGAGCAGACCAUUCUUUCUCCCCUCUUCUGCCUGGAGCUGAGGGUUCUCACUGUUGAUCCCUGACCUCUUAGCCCAGACAGUCCCUGCAAGGGAUCAUGCUACACAGAGGCUCAGAGAGAAUGGAUGGAGAUGGGAAGCCUUGGAAGGGAUCAGGGAGGGAGAGCUGUUUUGUCUUUGGGUUCCAGCGGGAAGAGGGAACCAUAGAGUUCUCUAAGAUCAUGGACAGUAGAGAGAAUGGCCACUGGGUCGUUUGAAUCACAAGAGGACCCUACAGUUCCCUCAACCAGCAAUGGGAAAAGAACCUCAGCCUGUUUCCCUGAGGAAGGAGGAGAGGGAUCAGGGAGGGGGGAGCUGAAAAUGUGGGAAAGAAGAGGACAAACCUGUCAGGAGGCAGACACAGUAAUGUAUACCUUUCCUCCCAACAUAGUCCUUUUUAAAAAUACACAAAAGAAUGAGAAAGUCGGUUUUAAAUCGUCUGCAGAAAGGACCAGUGGAAUUUGAUAAAUGAGUGACUUUGGGGGGCUGGGGAAGGGGGUAGUUCUUUUUCCCCAUUCAGUCUUCAAGGCUGUUACAUGUUCUCUAGCCUUCACAUACACUGCCCACCCCUCACCCUCCCAGGUCCUUUUUCUGUCUCAUUAAACAUCAGAGCUUUCAGAAAGAAGGGAGAUGAGACCCGGGCUGAGUAUGGCUUGGUCUUGGGGGGUCCAUUGAAAGCCAUUGUUGUGUGUCACCCCUUCUGUUAUUCUGUCCAUGCCACUUGACGGGCUGCAUCUCCAGCCCCAAUGAUUCCAUGCACAUCUUGGUGUGCCAUGCCUUCCAGGGAGCAUGACACAAGACAUGCACACGUGCCAACCUGCUGUCUAAGGGGUCAUAUCUCAACUCGGUUUCAUGUACCAUUCUUCUCCCUUGGUGGUUUAGAAUUAGCCUGACACUCUCUGCCCGUUGUGACAUGAAGUGUUUUCUGCUUGUCCAUCCAUCUGUUUCUUCAAAGCCCCCUGGUUACCACUUUUCCAGAUAUUCAUGCCCCUGCCCCAAUCUCCCUAUCUCCAUUGUAAUGUAUGAUUUCAUUUGGGCUUAGCUUAUGUUUCUUUCUGUAAAUGGCCUGCUCUGGGCUCAGACGAUGCUGGACUGGCUCCCAUUCGCUCGAACCUGUCAUUUCUUUGCUUCAAGUUCCUUGCUGUCACCACUGCCCCCAGAGCUAAUCUUUGUCCUCCCCCACAUACCUCUGGGCACCUGUAGCCCCUUGCUGUAGAUAUUACAGGAAACAGUGGUCACUUUCAUUUAUUCCCAGUCUCCCAUAUUCAGACUGUACCAGGUUUUCUGUAGAGAAUUUGCCAUCACACCUUCUUUGUACUAGUUGGUUUGGUUUUUUGCAUUUUUCUCAGAUGACGAGUUGUUCAGUAUGCAAAAUCAAUUAUUUUAAGGAUCACUAUUGUAAAUAUCUUUGUGAAUAUUUUAGUAUCGUCUUUGAUAAUAUUCAACAUUUUCAUGACCUGGUUAUAUCCUUUGCUGUUGUUUUUAAAUACCUUGACUGAAGAUGAAAAAAAUGAGUCCUUUUUAAAAAAAAGUAAAACAAAAAAAAUCAAAGGUUCUUUUUACAGACUUAAGGGAAUGAAAUUUCUUUUUAUUUUAAAGAUGUCAGCUCGCCCAUUUGAUCCAUUUCCCAAAUCCUUUGGCAGUAGAGAAAAGAGCUAAACAAACAGCAUGAGUAGAAUCUGGAUUGUUUCCAGUAGUGUUCCAGAUGUUACCACCCCUGGUGUGCCCUGCCAUCUUCCACCACCUCUCCAUCCCAAUCACACAUACAGACACAUACAUACAUACACACACACUUGGGAUAGAAUGUGAUUUGGGGGGUGGGGGGAGAACAGGCCAGUCCAUUGUCUUCUGUAUGGGGUGAUCUCUGUGGGAAGGUCAGCCCCUCGACAGAAUCUAAGGGUCCUUAGCUGCCAGGUAUUGUGGCCAUCUCUGGGACCUUUCUGAUUUGCCCAUGAAUGAUGAGUUGUCUACCCCCCAGUGCCACACUCCCUAUAUGUACUGCAGCAUAGUUUCCUAGGACAAAUCAGCACCUGCUUCCUCUUUUCCCAAUUCUAAAUGCUCCUCUCCUAGGAAGAACAAGUUUCCUGGCUUUGCCCAGCAAGGCAGCUUCCAUCAAGCAUUUUCCUUUAGACCUAAGUGUCAGCUUUCUCAAACAGGCAGUGAUGGAGAGACACCAAGAAUUUUCAUGGAAGCCUUUCCCUCAUCAUUUGGGGGACGAGAGAGAUGAGCUAUGAAAGGGGGUCCAGGCUCUGGCUCUUUUUUUUUUUUAAGCUGUCAAAGGCACUAUUACCUAGAGUAAGAUCAGCAAAGAGGUAAACUCGAAUGGAGAUGAUAAUUUUGUAAGCAAGGGUGGCUCUCGAAUCCCAAGAUGGUGCCUACCAUUCAUGUCUUGGUGAAUAGACCUGUUGGAGCCAUCAGAAUCUCCAAAGGUGCCCAGCUAUACCUAAAGGAAACCUGAUCAUGGGAUCUACUGGCGUGUUUGUGUCCAUGUUGCCAAAGUUAGUUACAAGGUGGGAUGGGGGUGGGUGGGAAAGCUCCGUGAAAGACAUAUGAGCACCCCCACCCUUUGGGCUUUUUAAAGCUUUAUUUGUGUAUCAAAUUCCCAGUAGAUUUUUUUUUCCAGAUUAAAAUAUAUAUGUAUAUAUAUAUUUCCCCUCCUUCCCCAAUGGAAGCCCUAAUUAACCCACAGAGACCUACACUUCUGCUCACUGAUAGAACUUAGGACUGACCCAUCCAGACACCUCCGUGUCAGCAGCAGAGACUCAAGGGACACGUCUGUAUAUAUGUAAAUGAGAAAUAGAGACCUGUUAACAGAGAUGCAUUCAUCUUCCUUGGAAUGUGCAUUUGAUUUUAUUUUGCAAAAAAGACAAACAAAAAAAAAAGCUUGGAGCUCCAUCUCAUGUGGAAAAAAAAAAUAGAUCCUGUCUGUUAGCGUUUGUGAAGUCUCCACAUUGGAUUCACACUCUGUAAUAUACACUGACCCUGUGUGGAAAGUUUUGCUUUGUCCUGUUUUUAUUUUACCUACAUGUACUCUUUAGCUUCAAUGUGCUAGUCCUAUCACCUGUGUAUUUUUAGGGUGCUAAGAAAACAAUGAAGAAAAUAAAGGAGAUUUAAAAAGAUUGUAACCAAAUUCAUACUUUGUACAAUUUUUGAUAUCAUGAUCAGAGGUGAAUGACACAUGCCCACACACAGGCGCAGUGCGUGCUCGCCUAUUGCGCACGAGCCCCCAUGUAAGUACGGUUGGAAGUAACUUGCAGAAAUGGUCAUUGUCUUUGUUUGUACAUCGUAUGUACAAUGCAAUCAUUUCAUACUUUAAACUGGUCAGAAAACUAAUUGUGAUUUCUAGUCUUGCAAAACUGUAUGUAGUUAGAUGAUGUGACAACCUAAUAUUUAUCUAAUAAAUAUGUAUUCAAACAAAACCUGUAUAUUAGGUGUUCAUGUGGUUAUUUUGUAUUUAAAGAUCAAAUUAUUGGACUAUUGCUAGACAUUUCUAUACUCUGUUGUAACACUGAAGUAUCUCAUUUGCCCAUGUUAAUUUUUUUUUCUAAAUAAAUUUUCAAAAUGAA